CCGAACGCUUUUCGGGGCGUUUCGACGUCAAAAAACAACGUCGGAGUCGAGAAGCCGAGACCUGGGGAUCAUUUAUGAUUUAUGAUUUAUGAAUAUCUUUGUGUAAUAUUUAUACAGAUACAAAAUAUAGAUUUAUUUUCCAACUGCAGAGGAGAAAGUCAGAGAGGAAGAGAAUUGGAGAUACAUCGUUGCCCUAAAAGACACAGAGACACAAUAAUAAUAAUAUAUAUAUAAAUAUAAAUAUAGAGACGUAUUUUAUACAUCAAAUGAUGUCAAGUUCGCUGCAUAAAGAGAGAGAUUCUUCCAUCAGCGACAGUCAGACAGAGGGAGAAGUUCAGAGCUUUUUGAUUGUGGAUGAAAACGAAACUUUGAAGGUGGGCGAUGCGGAGAGCUUUGCCCGGAGGCUGGGCUGCCGGGGGGGAGAACCCCUCAAGGUCCUGUCCGUGUUCGGCAACACAGGCGACGGCAAAUCCCACACCCUCAACUCCGCCUUCUUCGGGGGCCGCGAGGCCUUCCCCACCUCGGAGAGCCAGGACUCGUGCACGGUGGGCGUGUGGGCAGCCCGGCCCCCCGGGGACCUGCCCCUGCUGCUGCUGGACACCGAGGGGCUCCUGGGGGCCACGGCCGGGCAGAGCCAGAGGAUGAGGCUCCUCCUCAAGGUCCUGGCCGUGUCCGACAUCGUGGUUUACCGCACUCGGGCCGAGCGGCUCCACACGGACCUGUACCAGUUCCUGGGCCGGGCCUCCCAGGCUUUCCUCAGGCACUUUGCGGCCGAGCUCAGGGUCCUGGCCGCCCGCUGCGGAGGCUCUGCCCACCCCUCCAGCCUCGGCCCUGCCCUCCUCGUCUUCCACGAGACCCUCCACACCCAGCUGCUCGGCGGGGACCCUCCGGCCCAGGGCAGAGCCGAGCAGCUCCUGCACAAGAGGUUCCACGAGUUGGGGUUGGACACGGAGGCCUUCAGCUCAGUGGAGUACGUGGGGACGAGGACCCAAGACAGAGCCACCGACUUCACCGGCUUCCGUCUCGCCGUGAGACGCUGCUUGAUGGACACGUCUGCUCGGUCCCCCAGACCCCUCUCCGUGGUCUUCGCUGCCCUGCAGGCUCUGAGCCAAAGAUUCAGUGAGCAGAUCGCAGAGGGUCACCUCCCACCCACCUCCUUCUUCCCCGACAAAUAUUUCACCUGCUCCUGUGUGUGUCUGAGCUGUGGUGUGCGAUGUGCAAACAGUAUGAACCACUUGAAGGACGGCAUUCCUCACACAACCGCCAACCGCUGCCGUUACACCCAUCAGCAUCGCAACCAGGUCCUGAUCUGUAAGAUGUGCUACGAGCGAGGAUUCGAGGUGAUUGUUGUCCCGAAAACAUCUGCGUCGACCGACAACCAGUGGUUGGGGUUGGCCAAGUACGCCUGGUCUGGCUAUGUGUUGGAGUGCCCCAACUGUGGGAUUAUCUACCGAAGUCGGCAAUACUGGAUUGGGAACCAGGAUCCCGCGGGCAGUGUGGUGCGACCGGAAAUCAAGCACGUCUGGCCCGGAGCCGACAGCUUCCACAAGGACAACAGUCACGGAGCUCAGAGACUGAUAGAUGGCGUGAGCUGCGUAAUACAGUGCGUGAGUUCCUACAACCAGAGACCCGCCACUGCCAUCACCUCUUGGCUCACGGACACCGUGGCUCCGGCUUACUGGACACCCAACAGCCAGAUCACUGAAUGUCACGGGUGCAGGAAGGUGUUUGCGGACGGACAGAGGAAGCACCAUUGCCGCCAGUGUGGGGAGGGAUUCUGUGACCUGUGUUCGGGGGGGAGGAGGCCUGUGCCCGAGCGAGGCUGGGGGGCAACCCCCGUCAGGGUCUGCAAUGCCUGCCUCGCUGCAGGGGGGGGCACAGCAGCGGCCGGAGGUGAGGGGGAGGGUUUGCUGGCGAGGAGGUUCGCUGAGGCGGCUGAGAGCACUCUGCACGCAGUCUCGUCUGUGGUGGACUAUCCCCUCGGGUUUGUGAAGGAGGCAGCGAGGCCUGAGUACUGGGUCCCUGACCAUCAGAUGGUGAAGUGUCACCACUGUGAGAAGGCUUUUACCCCGGACACCCCCAAACAUCACUGCCGCUGCUGUGGGGAAGGCUUCUGUACCGACUGCUCGGGGUCUCAGCGAUCGGUCCCCUCCCGGGGCUGGGACCACCCUGUUCGAGUGUGUGUCGGUUGCAACGAGAAGAAAGGUGACUUGUAGGGAAAUGUGUGCUUGUGUGUAUGUAUGUGUGUGUGUGGG